AUGGGGGAUUGGAACUUGUUGGGGAGUAUCUUAGAAGAGGUACAUAUUCAUUCAACCAUCGUGGGAAAAAUCUGGCUAACCAUCCUUUUUAUAUUCCGGAUGCUCGUUCUUGGUGUGGCAGCAGAGGAUGUUUGGGACGAUGAGCAGAGUGAGUUUGUGUGCAACACGGACCAGCCUGGGUGUAAGAACGUGUGCUACGAUGAUGCAUUCCCCAUUUCUCUUAUCCGAUACUGGGUGUUACAAAUCAUUUUCGUGUCCUCUCCCUCUCUGGUAUACAUGGGACAUGCACUGUACCGUUUGAGGGCCCUUGAAAAAGAGAGACACAAGAAAAAAGCCUUCCUGAAAGCGGAGCUAGAGGGCGCUGAGCCCGUUCACGAGGACAGACAGAGGAUAGAGAGGGAGCUGAGGAAGCUGGAGGAACAGAAGAGAGUAAGGAAAGCUCCACUCAGGGGCUCCUUGCUGCGCACAUAUGUUUUCCAUAUCUUGACGAGGUCAGUGGUGGAGGUUGGCUUCAUAGUGGGACAAUAUGUGCUGUACGGAGUUGGAUUGGAUCCUUUGUACAAAUGUGAGAGAUUGCCUUGCCCGAACAGUGUGGAUUGCUUUGUGUCCAGACCAACUGAGAAGAACAUUUUCAUGAUCUUCAUGCUCGUCAUCGCUGGGGUUUCUUUGUUCUUGAAUCUCCUCGAGAUAUUCCACCUGGGAGUGAAAAAAGUCAAGCAAAGUCUGUAUGGAAAUAAAGGUACAGAUGACGAAAGCUUAUUAGUGUUCAGGUCCAAGAAAAACUCCAUGGUCCAGCAGGUGUGUGUCCUCACAAACUCAUCACCCCAAAAGAUGAUGCAACUCACUCAGACGGCCUACACAAUGGUCCCUAACAGCCACGUGGAUGCUAUCCCCUUGUACCUGCAUUCGGUAGCUCCUCACAACGAUAGUGGUGGCACCAACGACUCAGAGCAGUACCUCAGACAGACUGAGCUCCAGUCCCUGCGACAGCUGAGGACUGUGGAGCACCACUACACUCUGGACCAGAGGAACCACUCAUGCAGCAGUGACGACUCCAACGGGCCUAAAGGCUCAGGCCAUCCCAGGCACGGCGGAGCACAGCCACGGCCUUCCCUUAUGGCCAGCCAUAUGGAGAUACCAGCAGCCCUGUGGAAACAGCUACGCAAACAGAGCCGGGUCAGCGCUCUGCAGGAUUACAGUGACAUGAGUGAUUCACCUGACAGUGGUCACUAUCCCACGGGGAGGAAGGCUAGUUUCAUGUCCCGAGGACUCUCACAGACCAACCUGGACAGUCCUUCUGAUAGCCCGAACUCCGGGAGUGGGACGGACACAGAGGCCAAGCGUAUCGCCCAAGGAGAGAGCCCACCUAUGACCCCGCCUCCAGCCAGUGGACGAAGAAUGUCAAUGAGCAUGAUUCUGGAACUGUCUUCAAUCAUGAAAAAGUGA